CCGGAGCACGAGCGCCUCACAGCCCCCUCCCCGCCCCCCUUUUCAUCUGCGGCGCCCUCACCCCCCCCGGGCCUUCGCUCCGAAAGCGGGGCUGAAACCCCAAGGCCGCCCACAUCAGUGCGGGGAGGGGGUCGAAGGUUCCCCCGCUUCACCCCCCCCGAAAUAGAGGUGCACCCUCCCCAACCCCCCCCCGGAUUAGUGCAGGAGGAGAGGAGGAUUAGGGGUGCCCCAGCACAGCUGCCCCUAAAAAAGGGGCGAGAUGCACCCUCCCCAGAGCCCCCCCAGGAUUAGUGCAGGAGGAGGAAGGGGGUCUCUAAGCCCCCCCAGGAUUAGUGCAGGAAGAGAGGAGGAUUAGGGGUGCCCCAGCACAGCUGCCCCUAAAAAAGGGGCGAGAUGCACCCUCCCCAGAGCCCCCCCAGGAUUAGUGCAGGAGGAGGAAGGGGGUCUCUAAGCCCCCCCAGGAUUAGUGCAGGAGGAGGAAGGGGGUCUCUAAGCCCCCCCAGUUCCUCUUCUCCCACUGCAAGACACGGGCAGCUCCACUCCCAGGCAGUGAGACCGUUACCACCUUUGCAUCCGCUCCUGCUGCAGCGCCCCUGGCCCAGCAAAUCUCAUCCGGAUCCCGCCUGCAACUCCCCGGCUUGGUAAUACCCUGCUCCCUAAACCUCGAUUGAAACCUCAAUUCAAGCCCUAGUUCUUCAUUCAUCUGAUGUGGAUAUUUCUCUCUCCUGCGGCUCAACGUCGGUGAUGUCUACGCUACCAAGGGAAUGACAAGAACUGGCCUCGCUGUGCCCUGAACUAUUCUGAGUGUUACACCUUCGCUUCUGCGCAGAACUGAAAGCUGCAGGGGGAGAGUAAUCAGAGUGACUCUCGCUACAGCCGGAGAGGAGCGGAUCAGAAGUAUUCAGAGCAACCUGUGUGCGUCAGUAGAGAGAUGGAGAAAACAACAGAUUCUACUGAGCAGAGUCUGCAAGGAGAGGUGCACCCCACUUUUAAUGGGGACCCUGAGACAGGAGGAGAGAGGGAAACUCAAAAUAAUUCUCAACAAGAACAAUUAUUAAUGGAGUUGCCGAGUAGGAAUGGAGAUGUAAGGAGAGAACGAGACCCAGCUGUGGGAAUCUGCCUGGCUUCUCUUUCAGGUUCUCAAUCUCCCUUCAGAGACCCAUCCAUGUGUAAAGCCCUGAUCUGUGUCUCCGGUGUGGCUGUGGUUCUGUUCUUUGCUGUCAUUGCUUUGGCUGCAGCUCUGGCAGGGGUACUAUCAAGGGCACCUGUGGCCUGUCCCAAUGGCUCAGUCAUGUUCCAAGGGAAAUGCUACUAUUUCUCAGAGACCGAAGGGAACUGGAGCUACAGCCGGAGCCGCUGCUCUGCACUGGGUGCCUCCCUGGCUGGGAUCGACACCCAGCAGGACAUGGACUUCAUGCUUCGCUACAGAGGCCUCAGGGACCACUGGCUUGGCCUCCGGAAGGAGACGGACCAGCUCUGGACAUGGAUGAACGGCACCGAAUUCAAUGGCUGGUUUAAAAUCGGAGGAGGAGGGGAGUGCGCAUAUCUGAAGGAAGCAAAAGCCAUCAGCUCCUCGCGGUGCUCUAUGGAGAGACACUGGAUCUGCAGCAAACCCCACAUGUGGGUAAAGGUUUAGCACAGCACCGGGCAGGGCGCUGAAGGCUCAACCCUGAAGAGACGGGCCAUCGUUGAUGCUAAUGGGCUCGUAUGUUUCUCUGGGUAAUGAGAGCGUUUGCAGUCAUGCUAGUGAGGACUAAACCAAAAAGCAUCUGAGAUGGGCCAGACACUUCUGCUUCAGGGCAUAAGAUCCCUAUCCUUGGGAGUAAACUUUCCCUAAUGGAUGAGUGAUCUCAUAAUUGUCCAUUAGGUGACCUGCCCUUUCCUCUGAAUCAGCUGGUACCGGUCACUCAGACAGGAGACUGGACUGGAUGAACUGGGGAUUCCUGAACCAGCCAGUUCUCACCUGAGCUCUCUUCCUCUGGUAUGUCUGGGCACCAAGACAGGCACUCUCUUCCAGGAGAGAUUGACAUGCCAGGAGAACAAAGGCGGGAAUUGCAGAAAGGAAGCAGGGCACGAGGUACAAAGGGACAAGCGAGGGUUGAUCCAGCAGCCGUGAAUGGACUAGUUAAGGACAGGGUAUUAGCCUCUGAGAUCAGAUGCAGCGAGUGAAUGAGUGCUUUCUCCCUGCUCCCCCUCUGAGCUAUCUCUGUGUCUCCAAAGGGACAGUUAGAAGGCAGCAGAGAGUCCAGUGAAUGGAUGAGUGUAAAGAACAGACCUGAAGGUUACACAGUGGCAUAGGCAGCAAGAGGGAUGGUAACAGUGAAUGGAUACGCCCCCUCUGGGGAGACGGCCUGGUAGCAACUUGAAAAUAAGUAGCAAAGCCGGGGCGUCUCUUAGCCUCUAGUUUCAGAGGGGUAGCCGUGUUAGUCUGUUUCAGCAAAAACAACAAGGAGUCUGGUGGCACCUUAAAGACUAACAGAUUUAUUUGGGCAUAAGCUUUCAUGGGGGUGGAACCCAAGUCGUCAGAUCCAUGAGUCUCAUGUACAACUGGGAGCGUCCUUCGCGCAGACCCCUUCUCAUCUGCGCUAUGUCUGCUGUGACUGCCAAACUUUCCUGGAAAGCCAGAAUCAUUCCGGGCACCGACCGCUGCAGGUGCAAACUCUCCAGACGUACAAUCUGUUUACACCCAUCGUAAACGCGGUCCUUGAGCAUUGCACAAAGAAAGGCAUGAUUUGUCACGACUGUCUUAACGCUGAGCCAUGGACUCCUCUUCCGUUUGUUUUUAAAUCUUUGUAAACUGUGAUUUACUUAAUUAUGCUAUUAUCACUAAGCUAUAUAUAUUUUUGACAGCCCUUUUUUGCACAGUAUUUAUAAUAGGCUGUCAUGCUGCAAGUGAAGCAUUAUUGUUGGAUGUGGAUUUGUAUUGCAAGGUAACUUAAUUGUAGUGUUAAGAUUAAUGAUGCCUGACCAGUAUUGUUGUGCUGAUGGCUGUACAAACCUCACUGAGACUAAUGGGUAUGAAUGGACCUUUCAAUUAACAUAACUGUCAGAAUAAGGUCAUUGCAAGCUCUCUCCCCAGACACACAGGGUAUGUGAGCCUGUCUGAGACUUCUGUACUAAAUAGGUGGCAGGGUUUUGCCAAUUUCUGGAGGGGUGGGUGCAGAAAACAGAGAACUACAGAGCUACACAGACAGCUGGAAGGAACAGCUGAAAGCAAGGCAUCUGAGCCUGGAGAGAGGUUUUGGGGUCAGAGGUGCAGGCUGAAAAAUGUGUUCUUGUGUGAGCAAAAUAAGCUGUAUCCUGCUACCUGUUUUCUUUUGUGUCGAGGGUAACGGUCCUUUGUACGAGUUUUAUAAAUAAACAAACCCUGCAUCAAAUAAAUAAUGGCUUCUCA